GCACGUUCAGCUGAUCAAUUACAGAUCUGCAGUUGCGUUGAUUAGAUUGAUGUUAAGCGAAAAUCAAAAAAAUCUAAUAAAGAAAAAACAUCAUUCAUGGCUCUUAACCGACAUACUUCUGGUUGCAUUCACGACAUUAACUCGCUUAUACGUUAUCCACGUAAAGCGACUCCAAUGAUCUUUGGCCGAUUCCAAUCAUCUAAGAGUGCAUUUAAUUCACCCAUAUUCAAACAAUACAAAGAACGUAGCAAUUUAAAAAUGCCAGAUUCUCCUGUACCAGUUUCAGUUGAAAUGCCAAUAGUAGCAUCACCAAGAUCAUUACACAUUUCAACAUCAACUACUCAACGUAUUGAUGGAAGGUCUCCCCUUGGUAUUCCUAAUGGGAUUCAUACAUCAAGCCCAAAUGGUCCACUUUCUCCAGGAAUGUUAAAUGGUAUGCAAUUGCCACCAAUAUGUGGUGCUAGGCAACUUAGCAAGUUAAAACGAUUUUUAACAACGCUUCAACAGUUUGGUUCUGAUAUAUCUCCUGAUAUAGGAGAACGAGUUCGUGUGUUGAUAGUCAAUCUUAUUAAUAAUGGUGUUACUGUUGAAGAGUUUCACCAACAACUUCAGGAUGCUACUAAUUUCCCGCUUCGCCCAUUUGUCAUCCCUUUUUUAAAGGAGAACUUACCACUACUCCAGCAAGAAUUAUUAAACUGUGCUCAUCUUUCCAAAAGGUCACCACAUCAAUAUAUGACACCUGUUGCAGAUAUGGAUCGUGAACAAGAACGAAUCAAAACGGAAGUAGAAGACUUUGGUUUCGAAAGACCCCUUGGUGAAAAACGAAAAAAUGAAAUUGAACUCAGACUAAAAGAAAACGGACACCAUUCAGAUUCUUUGGGAUCUUCACCAGUUAAAAAGAAAUACCAUGGAGUUGGGUUCGAUUCAGAAGGAAGCGUCUUUGUUGAUCAAUUGAUGGAAAACAUUAAAAAUGAUUCUGAUGAAUGGAGAAACGUAGAAACGAUGUUACAAUAUAUUGUCAGUUUUGUAGAAAAAGCGAAGCGUUCAAUCACUAUUCUUCAGGAACGAUGUUUAAGGGACCGCGAAGAAAUGGCUUCAUGGGCUCGUGCAAUGGCUGCUGAUGCUGAAAACGAAAUUAAAAGACGAACAGAAGCAGCAAUUGACCAAAGCAGUCGCAAUACUGAAGAAAGAGUAAACGAAUUAAAACGAUGCGCUGAAGAAGCUGUUAAUGAUGUUAAGCGGCAGGCUGUUGUUGAGUUACAAAAAGCUGUAACCGCUGCAGAAGAGAAAGCUAACGACGCUCUUAACCAAGCGCAUCAGCGUCGUGAAAAGGCUAUCAUGGAUGCUCGUAGGCAGGCUGCUGAGGAUGCUCUUUUAAUUGCCAACCUGCAGGAAAAUUCUAAAGAAAAUUGCUGGAAUUGCGGAAGAAAAGCAAAUGAGACAUGUAGUGGUUGUAGCGUGGCUAGAUAUUGUGGAUCAUUUUGUCAGCAUAAAGAUUGGGAACAUCACCACAAAGAGUGUGGAAAGCAUGCUAAAGAUACUAUUUUAAAACCAAAAUCUCCACGCAGUUUAGCCGACAAAAUUGAAUCUGGUAAACCCACUCAAGAAAAGAAAUGUAGUCCUCGUCCUGUAGCUCCUUCAAUCAACCCUGAGAGUCUAAAUACUAGCAAAUGUGAUUCAACAACAUUAAUAAGUGCUCCUCAACAAUAGAAUUUUGUAGACCAUAUAACUAAAAUUUCCCCCUCCUAAUGUCUCACUUUAAAGUCACUUUGUAUAUAGUCAUUGUAAAUAUGUCAUACUGUUUGUAUAUUCCUUCCAUAUGUGCUUCAUUAAGUUAACAGAACAUUUUUGAUAUCAAUAUUUUGAGAUAAAAGUUUAGUCGUGACGUUGUAGCAUGCGCCGUGCAUUUUGUCUUCAUAUGGUUGUUCGAAUCAUUAUGAAAUUACUCGAAAAACUAUUUAAAGAGUUUUUUUUUUGACACUUUUGCAUUAUUCAUAUAUUAGUUAUCAUAUUGUAGAUAAAUUCUGCGAUAAUUAUUCAGAUAAAUCCCUUACGUAGA